UACACUCAGUACCCAAUAGUCAGGUGACAGUAUACAUAGUUACACUGUUUGCUCCUAUCAUACAAGCGCCAUUUGACAGUAAACUUGGUUGCUGUUCAGUUCAGUUCAAAAUUUCAUAUUACUUGCCUGUGUUAAAUAAUAAUUGUGUGUGUUUUCUGGGAUAUUUAUUGUAAACAUAUACUUGGACAUAAAUAUUUCAAUUGAUUUUAGAUUGUAUAAUCUUGUUUGUUGAAAGUGAAUUAUCAAAAUGGCGACAUCUGCAUUUUCUAGAAAUUUUGAUUUGGUUAAAUAUUAUUGUUGUACAAUCUGCGAGAAAGAACGGUCUGUAGAAAUAGAUGCAGAUUUUUACUGUAAAACAUGUCUUAAAUACUUCUUCAGAAGAUGUAUAAACUUCCACAGACAGCAUGGUUGGUUGUUUUUCAAAAAAUCUCCUUAUGGAAAGGAUAAAAUAAUGAAGUGGCCACUUUCUAAGAAGAUGGAGACUUCUCUUUUAACAUGCGUCAAACACAAGGGUGAAAAGUUAACAAUGUACUGCCCGGACCACAGUCAGCUCUGCUGCUCUAAAUGUGUUGAGCUUAAUCACAGACUAUGCCAAGUAACUCCAUUACCUCAGGCUGCCAGAGGGAAGUUAACCAACUUCAAGAACCUGUCUGUCAGAACGGAAAAUACUCUUUCACAAAUGAAACAAUGUCAGACAUAUCAGGAGGACAGAAUGAAGUCUCUUAAGGUUUCAUACAAAGAACAUGAGAGGCUUAUUGUGGAUGGUUUGCGUGUGAAUAUAGUAUCGUAUUUACGCGAAUGUGAAACCAGCACAGUUAAUACAACACAUGAAUAUAUGCAAUACCCAAUCAGUGAAAUGCGUGAGGAAAUCAAAUAUUUAUUAGCAGAUUUUGAGAAAAGCACUAUUAAGGAGAAGAAAGAAGAGCUAAACCUGAAACAAGCUCCUCUCAAGGUUGUGAGAAACAGCUGCAUUAGACUUCACUAUGAAUUGUUCCAUCUCCAUGUAGCCAUACCGAAAGUACUGGGUAAAGAACUCUCUUUUAUUGCCAGUAAAAAAUGUCUGGAAAAUAUACAACAGUCUAAUAUAUUUAUAAAAGAGAACUUUCCAAACCAUGUUUUCACUGUGAAUGGGAAGUCUGUGCACAAUGUAAACAUGCCAAGUGAAUCAGGCACAUGUCGGAUCACAGCAGUAUGUGCUCUCCCAAAUGGACAGGUCCUGGUUGCAGACUACUAUAAUAAGAGAGUCAAGCUUCUGAGCCAGCAGUACCAGGUGGUGAGCCACUUGGAUGUGUGGAAUGGGCCAUGGGACAUGUGUCUUAUCACACCCACUGAGGCUGCAGUGGCUAUGUUUAAUGAGGUCCAGUUUAUCACAGUAAGCCAGAGCCAGCUUGCCAAAGGCAGGAAGCUUAAGUUACAACAUUAUUGUACAGGUAUUGCCCACAACCAUGGUGACCUAUAUAUCUGCUCUGGUACUGCUCUGUACAAGUUCACAUUGAGUGGCGAACUGGUCUGCAGACUUUAUGAAGAUUCAUCAGCUGAUUUCACAGUACAGAAGUGUGCUGUGAGUCCCACAGGAGACAGGCUGUACAUCACCAGCUGGUCCCAGCACAAGCUUCACACCCUGGCCAGGGAUGAUGGUCUACAUGUGACCCCUACAGGCCAGCUGCUGGUCUGUGGAUUCCUGUCCGACACUGUACUACAGUUGCUGCUGAGUCCGGACAAAGAUGCUGAGGAUGUGGUGGACAAGAAUGACCUGAAUACGCAGAAGUCAGAUGUCACAGUCAGUUACGAGAGGCCGUCCCGUCUAGUCAGAUGUCACAGUCAGUUACGAGAGGCCGCCCCGUCUAGUCAGAUGUCACAGUCAGUUGAGAUUGACAAGAAUGAGGCAGAGGCAAAGAAAUCCAGCAACAUUUUACUCAAGGUAAGAAACCAAGCAACAUUCUACCCAAGGAGAGCACCAGCAUUGAUAUAG